AUAUUUAUUUAUCCAUGUAAUACGUUUUUGUAGUUGUGAGAAAGUGAAAAAUAAGGAGUUUCCAAAACCGUCAAUAUUUGAUUGUUCGCUAAAUAGGUACUUAAUUGAUUAAUAUGUGAAUGUAAAGUUUUCUUAUACCAAGUUUAACCGUUGAAUCUUCAGUAUUGCAUUAUCUAAAUGCCUAAAGAAAUAAACGUAUUAUAUUUGUUGUUACAAAUUUUUGGCUAAAUUUGUAAUACCCGUUUAAUCGCCAACGGAAAUCAUAAUCACAAUGAAUUGAAGAAUUCAAAGUGAACACAUCAUGUCCAAUAAACAUCUUUUUAUCAAUGGUACUAAAUCGUUUUCAAAAAGAUUUUCGAUCGAUGAUGCAUUUGAAGAGGAAACUGAUGAGGCAAUAAAAGUGUGUGGAACUGCAGACUUCAAUAAAAACCACACUAGUAAUAGAAAAACUGAAGAAAUUAUUGAUUGCAUUCAUUUAAAUAUUGAAAAUGCAGGAGGCUAUAAAUUGGAAAAUGAAGGUUCCCGUGAUAGUGAUUCUUUAAUACAAGACUAUUGUGAUAGUACCAGUCAAGAUUUUGUGCAUUAUCCAUGUUACAAACAUCCGAAAGUGCAGGAGAAUUGGAGAAUGGUAUUAGCUGCUGUAACAUUGUUGCUGAUAGGAGUAGGUCUUCUGGCAACAGGAAUUUUAGCAUUUGCUGAACCUAGAGCUGGACUUCAAGGGACAGUUUUUCUCCUUGCUGGUUUUAUAUGUUUUGUACCAGGAGCUUACCAUGUGGUAUACAUAUAUUUAGCGGCAAAAGGAAAACAAGGUUACCAUUUUCAUAAUUUACCACUGUUUUCUUAAAACAUUCAACUGAUAUAUCAGCUAUAUCCUUGAAGUUUAAACACUGAUGUAUUAAUUCUUGGAGUUCUAUACUAAUUUUGAAGCUUUAUAAAAAAUUCCUAUAAAGUACAAAUUUUGUUUAGGUAGACUUAGGUAUAAUUAUUUAUUUUUUUUAUGUUAAAAUAAAAUUACAUUGUAUAUGAAAGUCGUUUUGUUAUACUCAUUUGCAUAUUCAAAAAAGGAGUAAUAGAAAUAAGAUUUAAUUUGAAAGUACAUAUGGUUUAUGGUAUCUUUUAAGUCAAUUAUGAUUUAGUUUUUUUGCAUAUUCAGUUAUGUAUGCUGAAAUUGAAUGUAGUCCAUCCCAUUAUUAACUUCAAUUAAAAAAACAACGGAAAGCAGGUGAAUACGGUUAUAUGUUACAAGUUGUUUGUCGUUUCCAAUACUUUUAAACAACUAAUAUUAAUAAUACAAACACUUGAAAAUUAUUAGUACUGAUGUUAAGAAUUUAAUUUUCUGGAAUAGCAUCACCAGAAUUACAAGUUUUUUUAUGAGCGAAUUAUAAAUAGACUGAAAAUGUACUGUAUGUAUUUAUUUAAAUCCCCUUACGUUAUUGUUUUAAAUAAUUUUAAUUUUUAUUUUUUAAUCAUGAUUGUAAACCUACAGAUAAUUCACACGUCAUAAAACCAAUAUUUUUAAGAGAAACGCACUUAUUAAAAUGCCUAUGUAUAAAUAAUUCCUUUCAUAAAAUUGAAACAAUAAAUGUGAGCUGUUUGAGAAUAAAAAACAAAAUUUUCUAUUCAAUUAUAGUUUUGUUUCGGUAAUUGUAUACCAAUAUUUUAUUAACCCACAGGGGUUUUAGCGUGAAUUAAUUGUAGGGCUUUUCAAAAUAGCAAAUCAACAAGCUAUUAACAAUUAAUAAAAUUGUACUAUUCAGCAAAUAAAGAAAAGUUGGUCACGUAAUUAUUAACCAUUAUUUUAUGAAGCGGUUUUUUUCAGUACCGUAUUCUUAAAAUUUUAGCUUAUCGUUAAUGAGAAAUUUUUCAAUUGCUACGUAGCGCAUUAAGUAGGUACUUAGAAAAAUAAGACAUUUACUGCACUUGCAAAUAUUUAUUAUGAAUUAAUUGAAUUGUAUCAAAUCAAAUAAAUAAUUUAUAAUGAAACUUUAUUGGCGUUAGUACAUAUAUGUACAUAUACAAACAUUAAUAAUUAUAAGCAAAAUUAUACUUAUAGAUAAAUAUGAAGCAUAUUACUAUUCCAAUAUUGCAAAACAACUGACUAGUAAAAUAAAAUUACAUUUUUAAUAAACUUAAGUUAACUGAAAAGGCUUUAUUGUAUUCUAUUAAAGUAAAUUACAAGCAGUUUUUAUGAAACGUACAAAUAUAGAAAAAUAUAUCCUAAUUUAAUUAAAAGGAAGUAUGUGUAAUGGAAUAUGACGAUAAUUUACCAUUCUGCUAUCACAUUUUAUUUUGAAAUUAUAGUCUAAAUUCAUUAUUAAGUGUUACUUGAAAUUUAAUACUGUUUUCUACCAAAAAUUGAGCAAAUUUGGUAGUAAUAUAUUCGAGAUCUCAAUUUAUAUUGAUUUUUUUCUGCUUGGGUUAACAAAAUACCUAAACAUAAUAAAUCCUAUUAUGCAAAACAUAAACACUAUUUACAUUAUCUAACUUGACACCCUUCUGUGAUAUAUUAAAUUGUCAUAAAAUGUUAAACUUUUAUUUUUAAAUAAAAUGAAUAAAUUAAAUAACAAAGAUAAUUAUUUUUUGAAGAUUCA